CUACAUUGACCACGACGUUUUUCGUUCUCAUGCUGCCUUACAGAACAGCUUCACAGACUGAAGUUCCAAGCACAAUAUUGUGGAGUAAAAUAUCAGCCCGCUAGUCAGGCCCACGGUGGUGUAGAUCAAUGUCUCCGCCCCGUCUGACCGGCGCUCUGCGCUCCUUUUCUAGCGUCUGCAAGAAAGAGGACAUCGCAGAAGAUGAGUAUAAUCUAAAGGCCAAACGCCUGAAGAGACAGGAACGAUUCGCCAAAGAGGGCCUCACCUGGCAGAAGAUCGUCCAGUUCUUCACCCAGCACCUGGACAAGAAGGACCAGCAGGCCGCUCAACAGGAGCUCAAGGGUCUCCUGCACUCUGCUAAGCAGAUAGUCGGCGCCGACCAUGGCCAGGACACCAUUGAGAGUGCGGGCGUCUUCCUGUUUGAGACGUUCCUGGGCCGGGAGCGUCUGGGCGCAGAGGAGACGCGCGCCGUCCGCCACAUGUUCGGCCCCUUCUCCGCAACGGCCGCCGAGGCCUGCCUGGCGUCCGUGUCACGCCUCGUGACCUCGGUGGGCGAGGCGGAGGCGUUCGUCCGGACCCAGAACGCCGGAAGGUACGGCCUGGGCGACGCCUCCAGCACCGCCUUCGGCCGCAACAUCGCCUUCUCCCACGAUGGCUACAUACUGGACUGCCACGAGCCCCCGCCUUGGCUCGACGUCCCCGACGAGGACGCAGGAGACCUGGGCUUCGAGGAUUUCCUCAACAACCACGUGGGCCGGGGCCAGGCGGCCGGCUCGGGGGCCCAGGCUGGGGGGAGCGGCGGAGGCAGAGACACUGGCGCGUCCAUCCUCAGGGAGGAGGUAGACAAGUACCAGAACGCGGGGAACAUGAUGUCCUCCAGCCCCGAGGAGCUGUGCACCUCGCUGUUUGAGAUGCUGGCCUCGCAGAAGAGCGAUGAAGAGCUGCAGAACGAGCUGUUUGAGUUCCUGGGUGCUGAUGGCUUUGAGGUGAUCCUGAAUCUGCUUCAGCGCCGCUCAGACAUCGUUGACGCUCUCCUGUCCAUGCCACCUGAGAAACGAGGCAACUACGUCCCAGCAGGUGGUGCGGAAGGCAGCAGGCCGGCCUACGGCUGCCAGGUGGUCGUCCAGUCGAAGCAGGAGCGGCUGAUGAUGAAGAUGAACCGACGCGAGGAGAAGCGCGAGAGGAAGCGCGAGAAACGCGUCGACGACGGCGGCGAGUACGCCGAGGCCAGCUUCGCUUUCGACCCCAAGGAGAUGAGGCUUCAAAGGGAGCAGGCCCUGCUCACAGCCCGCCGUUCACCAGUGCUCGGCCGACACUACGAGCCUGAGAGGAUCCGCUUCCCGAACGUCUACGACUCUUUCGCCGAGGCAGUCAAAACGUCUGCCUUUGUGGGAGGAGCCAAGUUGAUGCUUCCUGAGGGGAUCCGACGGGAUAACAACAAGUUGUAUGAGGAGGUUUCCAUCCCACCUACUGAGCCCAUGCCUUUGGGAUUCGAGGAGAAGGCUAUCUACAUCACUGACCUGGAUGAGAUUGGUCAGGUGGUGUUUAAGGGCAUGGAGCGCCUGAACCGUAUCCAGUCCAUCGUCUUCGAGACGGCCUACAACACCAAUGAGAACCUGCUCAUCUGUGCCCCUACUGGUGCGGGCAAGACCAACAUCGCCAUGCUGACCGUACUACACGAGAUCCGUCAAAACCUUCAGCCAGGGGGCGUCAUCCGCAAGGACCAGUUCAAGAUAGUGUACGUGGCGCCUAUGAAGGCACUGGCAGCAGAGAUGACUAAUUACUUCAGUAAGCGCCUGCAACCGCUGGGCAUCGCAGUCAAAGAACUCACCGGAGACAUGCAGCUCACCAAGGGAGAGAUACUACGCACUCAGAUGCUGGUGACCACUCCGGAGAAGUGGGACGUGGUGACCCGUAAGAGCGUGGGCGACGUGGCUCUCUCCCAGGUGGUGCGGCUGCUCAUCCUGGACGAGGUGCACCUCCUUCACGAGGACCGAGGGCCUGUGCUGGAGAGCCUGGUGGCCCGCACCCUCCGACAGGUGGAGUCCACCCAGAGCAUGAUCCGAAUCCUGGGCCUGUCAGCCACACUGCCCAACUACCUGGACGUGGCCUCCUUCCUGCACGUCAACCCCUACAUCGGCCUCUUCUACUUCGACAGCCGCUUCAGACCCGUUCCCCUCGGACAGAGCUUCCUGGGCGUCAAGGCCACCGGCAAGAUCCAGCAACUGCAUGACAUGGAGGAGGUGUGCUAUGAAAAUGUCCUGAAACAAAUCAGAAAUGGACACCAGGUGAUGGUGUUUGUACACGCCAGGAACGCCACUGUACGUACAGCCAUGAACCUGAUCGAGAUGGCCAAGAACCGGGGCGAGGUGUCCUUUUUCCAGGUGGACCACGGACCCGACUAUGGCCAGUGUGAGAAGCAGGUGCAGCGCUCGCGGAACAAGCAGAUGCGGGAGAUGUUCCCCGAGGGUUUUGGGAUCCAUCACGCAGGCAUGCUGCGCCAGGACCGGACCCUGAUGGAGAACAUGUUCUCCAGGGGCUACCUGAAGGUUCUAGUGUGCACCGCCACCUUGGCCUGGGGAGUCAACCUGCCCGCCCAUGCAGUCAUCAUCAAGGGCACACAGAUCUACGAUGCCAAGCGGGGCGCGCUGGUGGACCUGGGCAUCCUGGACGUGAUGCAGAUCUUCGGGCGCGCCGGUCGGCCACAGUUCGACAAGUACGGCGAGGGCACCAUCAUCACCACCCAUGACAAACUGAGCCACUACCUCACACUGCUCACCCAGCAGAACCCCAUUGAGAGCCAGUUCCUGCAGAGCCUCGCAGACAACCUCAACGCAGAGGUCGCCCUGGGGACGGUGACUAAUGUUGAGGAGGCGGUGAAGUGGCUCAGCUAUACCUACCUGUUUGUGCGCAUGAGGGCCAACCCACUGGCCUACGGCAUCAACUACAAAGCCUGCCAGAUGGACCCUGGGCUAGACCUGUACCGUAAGGAGCUGGUGGUGGAGGCCGGACGGAAGCUGGACAAGGCCCGCAUGAUCCGCUUCGAGGAGCGCACCGGAUACUUCCACUCCACUGACAUGGGCCGCACCGCCAGUCACUUCUACAUCAAAUACAACACCAUUGAGACGUUUAAUGAGCUGUUUAGCGCCCAGAAGACGGAAGCAGAUAUCUUGAGCAUCGUGUCCAAAGCGGAGGAGUUUGAGCAGGUUAAGGUGCGUGAUGAGGAGAGUGAGGAGCUGGAGAGGUUGCUGACUGAUGUCUGUCAGCUUCCCGCGGCAGGAGGGGUGGAGAACGGCUACGGCAAGAUCAACAUCCUCCUGCAGACCUACAUCGGCCGCGGGGAGGUGGACAGCUUCUCGCUCAUAUCCGACCUGUCCUACGUGGCUCAGAACGCGGCGCGAAUCGUGCGAGCGCUGUUCGAGAUCGCCCUGCGUAAGCGCUGGCCGGGCAUGACGUACCGUCUGCUGAACCUGUGCAAGGUGAUUGACAAGCGCCUGUGGGGCUGGGCACACCCCCUGCGCCAGUUCGCCAUGCUGCCCCACACGGUGCUCGGCCGCCUGGAGGACAGGAACCUCAGCGUGGACAUGCUCAAGGAAAUGAGCAAGGAUGAGAUCGGUCACAUGCUGCACCAUGUGAACAUUGGGCUGAAGGUGAAGCAGGCCGUGCACCAGAUCCCCGCCAUCCUCAUGGAGGCCAGUAUUCAGCCAAUCACGCGCACCGUCCUCAGGGUGCGCCUCACCGUCACCCCUGACUUCCGCUGGAACGACCAGGUGCACGGCUCAGUGGGGGAGCCCUGGUGGCUGUGGGUGGAAGAUCCCGUCAACGACCACAUCUACCACUCUGAGUACUUCAUGCUGCAGAAGAAACAGGUGGUGACAGACGAGCCGCAGCAGGUGGUCUUCACCAUCCCCAUCUUUGAGCCCAUGCCUUCCCAAUACUACAUCAGAGCCGUGUCUGACCGCUGGAUCGGAUCUGAGGCUGUGUGCAUCAUCAACUUCCAGCAUCUCAUACUGCCUGAGAGACACCCACCUCACACAGAGUUGCUGGACCUGCAGCCGUUGCCCGUCACCGCUCUGGGGAACCGCGCGUAUGAAACCAUCUGCAAGUUCAGCCACUUCAACCCCAUCCAGACGCAGAUCUUCCACACGCUCUACCACACCGACACCAACGUGCUGCUGGGGGCGCCCACCGGCUCGGGCAAGACCGUUGCCGCAGAGCUGGCCAUGUUCAGGGUGUUCAACAAGUACCCAGGCGCGAAGGUGGUCUACAUCGCCCCUCUCAAGGCCCUGGUCAGAGAGAGGAUAGAAGACUGGAAAGUCAGGAUAGAGGAAAAACUAGGUCGCAAGGUGGUAGAGCUGACCGGUGAUGUGACUCCUGACAUGCGGUCUAUCGCUAAGGCGGACCUGAUCGUCACCACGCCGGAGAAGUGGGAUGGCGUGAGCCGCAGCUGGCAGAACCGCAGCUACGUGCAGAAAGUGGCCAUCCUCAUCAUCGACGAAAUCCAUCUACUCGGGGAAGACCGAGGCCCCGUUCUGGAGGUCAUAGUCUCCAGGACCAACUUCAUCUCCUCACACACCUCGAAGCCGGUGCGAGUGGUAGGGCUGUCCACGGCGCUGGCCAAUGCUCGAGACCUGGCCGACUGGCUGGGCAUCGGACAGGUGGGCUUGUUUAAUUUCCGUCCAUCUGUGCGUCCCGUGCCAUUGGAGGUGCACAUCCAGGGUUUUCCUGGGCAACACUACUGCCCCCGCAUGGCCAGCAUGAACAAGCCUUGUUUUCAAGCCAUCCGCAGCCACUCUCCAGCCAAGCCUGUGUUGAUCUUCGUGUCGUCGCGGCGACAGACACGCCUGACCGCCAUGGACCUGAUGGCCUUCCUGGCGACGGAGGACGACCCCAAGCAGUGGCUCCACCAGGACGAGCGUGAGAUGGAAAACAUCAUCGGCACGGUGCGGGAGUCCAACCUGAAGCUGACGCUGGCGUUCGGCAUCGGCCUCCACCACGCCGGCCUCCACGAGCGCGACCGCAGGACUGUGGAGGAGCUCUUCGUCAACUGCAAGAUCCAGGUGCUGAUUGCCACCAGUACCCUGGCCUGGGGGGUGAACUUCCCUGCCCACCUGGUCGUAGUGAAGGGCACAGAGUACUUUGAUGGCAAAACCCACCGUUAUGUGGAUUAUCCCAUUACUGAUGUGCUGCAGAUGAUGGGUCGUGCCGGUCGGCCUCAGUUUGAUGACCAGGGCAAAGCCGUCAUCCUGGUGCACGACAUCAAGAAGGACUUCUACAAGAAGUUCCUGUACGAGCCCUUCCCUGUGGAGUCAAGCCUGCUGGGAGUGCUGUCUGACCAUCUGAACGCUGAGAUCGCCUCAGGCACCAUCGCCUCUAAGCAGGACGCCAUGGACUACAUCACCUGGACCUACUUCUUCCGCCGCCUCGUCAUGAACCCCAGCUAUUAUGAAUUGGAUGACACCAGCAGUGACACCAUCAACAAAUACUUGUCCAACCUGGUGGAGAGAAGCCUGCGUGAUUUGGAGUGCUCCUACUGUAUAGAGAUUCAAGAGGACGAGCGCACCAUUGAGCCGCUCACAUACGGCCGCAUCGGGUCCUACUAUUACCUCAGGCACCAGACCGUGCGCAUGUUCAAGGAGCGACUCAAGGCUGAGCUGCCCGUGGCCGACCUGCUGUCUGUCCUCACGGAUGCGGAGGAGUACGCAGAGCUUCCCGUGCGGCACAAUGAGGACCAGCUGAACAGCGAGCUGGCUCAGCGGCUCCCCCUAAAGGUGAACCCACACUCCUACGACAGCGCACACACCAAGUGCCACCUGCUGCUACAGGCUCACUUCAGCCGCGCCACGUUGCCCUGCUCUGACUACGCCACCGACACCAAGACUGUCAUGGACAACGCCAUACGCAUCUGCCAGGCCAUGCUGGACGUGGUGGCCAAUGAGGGCUGGUUGGUGUCUGCACUCAGCAUAUGUAAUCUGGUGCAGAUGACCAUUCAGGGCCGCUGGCUACACGACUCCUCCCUACUCACACUGCCUCAUAUUGAACAGCAGCACCUCUACUUGUUCAGGAGGUGGGCCUCCAGAGGAGGGAGGGGCGGGGGUAAGGGCGGGGCCUAUGACGGACCAAUCGAGAGCCUGCCAGAGCUGAUGGCGGCGUGUGGCGGGCGGGAGGACAUGUUUGCUGCCAUGGUGAGAGAGGAGCUGCAGCCCAACCAGGUUUCCCAGGCGUGGUGUUUCCUGGCCCAGCUGCCGGUGGUGGAGGUGAGCGUGGGGGUGCGUGGCUGGUGGGAGGGGGCUGGGGCGGGGGAGCAGGCCGAGAGGCCCGUGCCCCUGGCCGGGUCCAACCUGAGGGAGAGCAGCAGCUGGCUGCCCCUCCACGCUGACCAGGAGUAUGUGCUGCAGGUCACCCUACGCCGGGUCAAUGCCGGACAGCAGAGGAGAAAGCAGGACAGUAAGGCACAGGCUCCUCGGUUCCCGAAGCCCAAAGACGAGGGCUGGUUUCUGGUGCUGGGGGAGGUGGACAAGAAAGAGCUGCUGGCUGUCAAGCGCGUGGGCUACAUCAGGAACCACACCACCGUCUCCAUCGCCUUCUACACGCCCGAGAGGCCCAGCAAGUGCAUCUACACACUAUACUUGAUGAGUGACAGCUACCUGGGGCUGGACCAGCAGUACGACCUCCACCUCAACAUCACGUCGGCCAGCAUCCAAAACAAGGUCAACACCGAAGUGUCCGAGAGCACAGACAACAUGACCUUGUAGUGACCCCGGGGUGACCUUUAGGCAGGAGAGCACCACCCCCCACCCCCACCCCCAAACUCCACAGGGGAGUCAUCUGAGUAGAGCGGCCAGGAGGAGACGCAGACCCUCUGGGGAAGGGGAAGUUGUAUAAGAGCCAGGGCAGGGGGAGGUUCCUCCUGUUCCUCAACCCAGAACACUCGCCUUAAUUUAGAGGGGACCAGUCCUGUUUCCAGCUCCCCCUAGGGGCUUAGAGGCAUCAUGCUGACCAAAGAGGCCUUCAUCUGAAAGCCUCCUAUCCCAGCAGCACAACAUGGGUAUAGUUCAUUCACAUUUAAAUGCAGUUAGCGAAGGUGCUGAUUGGGCACCAAGGAUAUACGCUUACGUUCACAAGCAACGAGCAGUUAUGAGACUUGUUUUCAGCUCAGCUUUUUUUGCCCUCGGUCGGCACUUUGGGUGGCGUUUCCGUGGAGAUGGCGGAGCUGGGAGGCUGAGGAGAAGGGAAAUGUUCUGUCCUGAUUAAGCCGUCACUCGUGCAGCGGCGGCUCGGAGGAUGGGGAGGAUUUGGGGUGUUUAUGUUUGCAGUGUUGUGUAACUGAGAUGGCCUGAGGGAAGAGGGGGAGAAAAACACAUCUCACAUCUUCCUGGAGGAGAGACGUGCCUCGUCGGUGUGUGUGUGUGUGUGUGUGUGUGUGUGUGUGUGUGUGUGUGUGAGAGUGUGUGUGUGGAUGAGCUUAGGCAAGAGUGUUUUUUGGGCCAAAGGAGGUGUGGAAUUCCUUACAGGUGUGUUAAACAUGCUGCCCGCUGUGCAAGACUGUGCUCUGUGCCAAACUGUCACAUCUGUUUUGCCAAAUGCACACACACAUACACACACACACAUACACACACACACACACACACACACAGAGAGACACACACCAUUCCUUGCUGAAGGUCCAUUUCUCAUCACCAGUAACAUGCACAGGCUCCACCGUCUUUUUGGAAACCUUGCUUCACACAUAUCAUUGGUAUGAGAAAAGAUUUGAUCCAAACUCAUCAUUAAAGUUGGUUAAUUUCACCUGGUUUAGAAAGGGAUAAAAAGAAAUUACAAAUAUAUUAAAUGUUUUGAAAUAUUGCUAAACAACUGAGCAUAAGCAUUGUGAAAGCCUUUUGGAAAUGAGAAACACAAACUGUUUCAAAGGCAUACAGAUUUAAGUGAUUUUUCUUUUUUUUUUAAUGAUAGAGCUGUUUACCCAAUUCCUCUGUGGUUACUCUAUUUGCAAGGAAAUAAAGAGAUGCAAAUGUAAGCUC